AUGUCCACAAUUCCUGAACUCUACAACGAAAAGUGCCAUUGUGCUGGAUGUAGUCAGAACGAUCUCGGCUAUAGUUUUGUUGCCAGAAGAACUGCUCAACAUCAUAACAAAAGGGCAAGACUAAAUGCCAUAAGAUGUGAAAGGGACAUGUCUACCCAAAGAAAUAUGAUGGAGGUCGAUGAUGAACCUAUCUUAACCCAUCAACCCGGAGCCCUGGAAGAAUCGUACACUCAGACAAACUCACCUGUUUGGGAAGGAGCUUCAAUGUCUGACACUGAAGACGUUUCCGUUACUAAUGACGCGAUCAGCAAUGGCAAUAAUAAUGACAGUGGAAGCAACAGCAAUGAAAUCAGUGAAGACGAAAGCAAAGACGAUGUUAUUGAGCUUGAUGACAAUGGAUUGAAUAGUGAAGACCCUUUUGCCACCCCCAAUAUGCCCCAGAACCCAGUGCACAGGUUCAUUGCUACUUUUGUGGUGAUGUUCGCUUCCCGCUAUGUGGUUGACAAGGGCGCCGUUGUCUUGAUCGAGUUCAUCAACAAGCUUUUGACAAUUUAUGAGCAGGAUUUCCAACUGCCCUUGAGCCUUCCUGGUCCUCAGCGCAUGACAGUUUUCUCAGCCAUGACCAAAGGCAUAAAGAAAUUUGUUGUGUGUCAGGAUUGUCACAAGGUGUACGAAGAAAGUGCAUCUGUCCCAUCUCAUUGCAAUUUCGUAAAGCUUGGUGCACGCUCAUCUUGCAACUGCCAAUUGACGAAAACAUCAGCAUUGGGUGCUUUGGUGGCCAAGCGUUCAUACUUGUACCAGUCCUUGCAUUGCCUUGGAUACCUUGAUCUAGUACGUGGAAUGAUCAUCGAUCCCAUGCAUAAUUUAUUCCUGGGAAUGCCUAAAAGAUUGAUGGAUUGUUGGAUCAAAGACGAAGACAUUCAAGAUGGCGAUUUUGCGGCAAUGCAGAAGACUGCAGAAACGAUGAUUGUGCCUGGUGGAUACACCUCUUUGAACUCGAAAAUAGGAAAGCAGUUUUUGUAUAUGAAGGCAGACAAGUUGAAAUUCAAAAACUGGAUUAACUUUGUUGAUGUACGCUGCCUGUUGAUCAAGCCAACAAUCACGUUCAAUGAAGUCAACACUACCCAUCAGUUUCUUCAAACUUUUUGCACCAGAUAUGACGAGCUGUACAACGCCAAAAUCCUCACCUGUAAUAUGCACCUACACCUCCAUCUUCAAAAUACAAUUUGUGAUUUUGGACCAGUGUACGGUUAUUGGCUAUUUGGGUUUGAGCGAUUUAAUGAGUUGUUAAAAAAUUUGAAGACAAACAGAAAGAUUGGGUUUAAAGAAACAUUUAUGAAGAGAUUUAUUGAAGAUGUGCACAAAGACGAUCUUGUCAAAAGUUUCCUUCAGAGUACCCACCAGACAUCUGCAUUUCCUCUCCUUACCAAACUCAUUUCUUCCUUUACACCCGCCACCAUUUCAUCCAUCCAUCAAUGUACCUUCCGCAUACAGUCAUUUGUCAAGGCUUCUGAAGAUCCAAAUGUACUUGUAAAAGGUAACAAACCUCUCCCUCCUUCCACAUUCCCUCUAUCAUUAAAAUCCGCUACUACAAUGAGUGACAUUCACUAUGUUCAUCUCUUACAAUACUACAAAGUUGCGUACAACAAUGAACAAUUAGUUCACUUUCAACAAGCGUCGGAAUCACCAUACUUUGUCGACAAUACAAUCACCCUGUUGAAAUACAUCAACAUCCUUGGGCAGGUCUACAAGGGUAAAGGUGAAUCUGGAAGUCGUGGCUCUCUUGUACAAGCAAAGUUCAUUGGAAGUACUGGUGAGCAUAUCAUCGCAUACACGGGUCAAAUACAGUACAUUUUCACCCAUUCUUUCACUCCUCCACCCAUCUCUUCAUCCCUUACUCCCUUGCUCCGCACCCAUCGCCGCCCAACACAACUUCUUCACAAUUCUCAACAUACUUUUGCAUUUAUCAAAUGGUACACACCCGAAAAUGAUAAAUCGCGAGAGUACAAACACGUUGAAACCUGCUUUCCAACAUUUUCUCCUGACGAUUUCCAAUGUGUAUUGCCAGUGCAUAGAAUUAUGUUAGAAGUAGCAACUGCUGAGCACACAACACGCAGAAAAGUAAAAAAGAUGCUGGUCAUUCCUUUGCCAAAAAAACAAUACAUUUAA